UUUCCAUCGUCUUGGCGUCUUCACAAUUGAAAUUAAUCGUUUCUUGAAAAUUCGUUCAUUUAGAACCUCAUUUUCUCAAUUUUUUCUUUCCAGUUAUUUUAAAGUUUUAGAAAAUGGUUGAAAGCGUCGAUAUAUCAGGUCGUCAAGAUGGUGGCGUUCUUAAAGUGAUAAAAAAAGAAGGUUAUGGCGAGGAUACACCUUGUGAAGGAGCCACUGUUUUUGUACACUAUUUGGGAACUUUAGAGGAUGGAACACAAUUUGAUAGCAGUCGUAAUCGUGGAAGACCUUUUGAUUGUCUACUGGGAAGAGGGCAUUUAAUUCCUGCCUGGGAACUUGCCCUGGAAACGAUGAAGAAAGGGGAGAUUUGUGUUUUAACCUGCAAACCAGAAUAUGCAUAUGGUAAAGUUGGAAAACCACCUGAUAUCCCUCAAAAUGCUACUCUCAUAUUUGAGAUUGAGUUGAUCAGAUGGGAGGAUGAAAAGGUUACAAUGGAUGAGUUAGUGACCAAGAAAAUUCUCAAGAAAGGAAUGGCAGUGAACGUGUUUUUAGUGCACCUUGUUGGCAAGGUGGAUAAUCGAAUAUUUGAUGACCGUGAUGUUCAAUUUACUGUUGGUGAAGGUGACCUAGUUGAUGUUAUUUCUGGUGUUGAUGCCUUAGUAAAAACAAUGAAGAAAGGGGAAAUAUCUGUUGCAAAUUGUGACAGUUCUUAUGCAUUUGGUGAAGAAGGAAGAAAAGAGUGGGGUAUUAAACCAAGUAGCAAUGUAAAAUAUGAAGUACAUUUGAAGACAUUUGAACAAUUAAAGCAACCAUGGGAGUUGAGUGUUCAGGACAGAAUUGAAGGAGCAAUAUUUGCAAAGAAGAAAGGAACAGAGUAUUAUAAAGAAAAAAAAUUCUCUCAAGCAUUGGGAAAGUACACUCGCAUGGUAACCUUGGUGGAAAGCUUAGGUGAAGAAAGAGAUUUAAAGGAAGUUUCAUCAUUGAUUUUAGCUGGUCAUCUCAAUGUUGCCUUGUGUUAUCUCAAGUUAGCAAAAUAUAAAGAAUGUAUUGAGUCAUGUGACAAGGCAUUAUGUCGUGACAAAAAUAACAUAAAAGCCAUCUAUAGGAAAGGAAAGGCGAAACUAGAUAUGAAUUAUCCCGAUGAAGCAAGCGAAAUGUUUGAAAAAGUUCUACGACUUGAACCAAACAACAAAGACGCCAAGAUACAAUUAAAUAUUGCAAAAAAGAUGAUUGCUGAAAAUCGUGUAAAGGAGAAGACAAUAUAUGCGAACAUGUUUGAAAAGUUUGCAGCAAAAGAUGCAAAGAAAUUGGCGUCAGAAAAAUUAUCAAAUAUGAAUGAUGACAAAGAUAUAUUUACGAAGGCACAGGAAGAGGCACAUGUUUCGUACGAAGAAGAUCUUGAAUCAUAAAACUACAAAUUGAACAUGAAUACAUCUCUCUUUACAUGUAUAAAUAUUUGUUAACGUAACAUCUUUAUGUAUUUCUUGUGAACAAGUAGUGUACGAUUUAAAAAUUUUUGAAAAA